GUGGGAUCCUCAAAUCUGCAGAUAGAUGCUACUGCCUAGGUCGGUUCGCCGAGGCUAUAAAGGUCUAGUAAGUAAGAUGGCGCUUUAUUCGCACGUGUGUUUAUUUUUGUCCGGGAAGGAAUUCGAGUGAAAUAUGGAAAAUAAAUAAUCGUAGUCAUGGAAACUUCUUGAUAAAUACAAAAGCAGGUGCAUAAUGGAGGUGUAUAUUAAACAGUACACAAUAUUUACGAUUUUUAUGAAUUAUCUGGAUUUUGAAUUCCUUAUGGAAGGUUUACGUAUGUGAAAUGAAAAGUAGAUAUGAAACAUAUGUAAACACGAUACAUUCAUUAUUGAAAGGAGUGAAAUAAAGAUAAUGAAUGACAGAUCUUGCAGAAGAAAAGACUGGAGAAAGCGGGGACCAAGAUCUAAGAGUUUAGAUAGUAAUUUUCAUAAACGAGGAUUUGAUGCUACAUUAGAUUUUCCUUUUAUACAGGAUGAAAAUACAUUACAAUUUUUUCAAAAAUCUAAAAUAAUGAUAAUUUUAAGAGGACUCCCUGGAAGUGGAAAAUCUUAUCUUGCAAACAGAAUUAAAGAAAAAUAUGGAAAAUGUUGUUUUGUGUGUUCAGCAGAUCAUUUCUUUGAAUGUAAUGGUGAAUAUAAUUUUGAUCCAUCCAGAUUAAAAGAAGCACAUCACAUCUGUAAACAAAAGAGUAUUCAAGCAUGUAAGAAUGGGAAGCAAAUUAUUGUGAUAGAUAACUGUAAUAUUUGUAUAUGGGAAUUCAAGUAUUAUUUAUCAUUGGCUGAUGAAAAUGGAUAUGUUCAACUUAUCAUUGAACCAAAAACACCUUGGAAAUUUGUUCCUGGAAAAUUGGCAUCAAAAAAUACACAUGGUUUGAGAUAUGAAAUACUGGAGAGAAAACUUAAUCAGUGGGAAUAUAUAUAUCCUCUCUAUUUUGCUUGGUUUAUUAAUGAAGAAGAUUCAUACAGUUUAAAACGUAAGGCUAUUCACUGUUUCAAUGAAUGUUUGAAUAUUUCUGAAUUUGCAAUGACAUUCAGACAUUUGAUGAAAAAUCCCAGCAAAGAGUUUUUACAGUACUUUGGAUUAAAUAAUUACUCAUAUUUUCUUCAUUGCACAUCAAAAUACUGUGGAAGAAAUAAUGAACUUGAAGCUAAACGAUAUUUAGAUGAAAUGAUUGUGCAAAACGAAUAUGAAACUGUACGAAGAGAAUCAAAGUUAGACGCCGAAUGCAUUGAAAAAUUCGAUAAAACACCUGUAAAUGAGGACGUUUCAUCGAAAGACGAAGCGGAACAAUCGGGAAAAGAAAAUUUAGAUUUGAUAGAAAGCGACGAUUCCAUAAAAGAUGAUGAUUCAACCGAAUCCGUAAAAGAUGAAUCGAAAGAAUCUGCAGCUUUUUCAAACGAGAAUCAAGAAAAUCUGCAAAACAAGAUUCCUUAUGACAGAUCAUAUUCUAGUGAAUUUAUAGACUUUACAACUUUAUCAUAUCCUGAAAAUAAGUUAAAAUUAUUAGAAAUAAUUGGUGAGGGAACGACCUCGGUCGUAUAUUCAGCCGAAGUUACCGAAACAGGUCGCAAAGUUGCAGUAAAAAUCGUAAAAGAUAUAGACAAGCAUAUGUCUGAAAUAGAAGCCGAAUAUCGCGUGUUUUCAAUAUGGGGCGACCACUUCUAUUUACCAGAUUUCUUCGGAAUAUUUUUAAAUUUGGCAGACGAACCAAAAGAUGACGAAUUGUGGAUUGUUAUGGAGCUCUGCACGGGUGGAACGGUAUCUCAAUUAGUGAAAUGUUUGAAAUCCUAUAAUAAAACCUUAACCGAACUACAGAUUGCUUAUAUACUGAAAGAAAUAAUUCAGGCUGUUGCAUCACUUCACGAAAAUGACAUUAUUCAUCGUGACAUACGAGCUUCUAAUCUAUAUCUGACUGAAACUGGCGAUAUUCGUUUAGGAGAUUUCGGAAUCUCGUACCAAGCGGGAUGCAGAUAUGAUACGAAAGUUAGAAUUGGUUCUCCUCACUGGAUGGCACCGGAGGUUGUCACUUGCGGUAGAGAUUAUAAAGAAUAUGAUAAUCGAUGUGAUGUUUGGUCCCUCGGAAUCUUAACUUUGGAAUUGGCUUUUGGAGAACCACCCGCUGCCGAAUACGAUUCUUUAAGAUACAUGAUUCAGACGGCCAGAAAUCCUCCGCCAUCACUGCCGUUGUUAUAUCAUUAUUCGGAACAAUUUCGGGAUUUUGUUUCUGAAUGUUUAACAGUAUAUUUCGAUUUUCGUCCGUAUUCCAUCGAAUUAUUGGAUCAUCCGUUCAUCACUCAGCUUCCAAAAAAUGAUUCACACAUCGCUACAGAGUUGAAAAUUUUGUGUGAAGUUCAUAAAGACGAAGAAAUGUUAUAUAAAGCCGAUCAUAUUAUCGUCAUCGGAGAUAAAUUAAGAACCGAUAGUCAAAAAGAUCUUCAAGUAUAUCUUCCCGAUGAUGUUGUGUCCCUGGAUAAUAUUAAUCAAGCAAGCGUACUAGAAUUAUUAAAAAAUCGAUUUUUAAAAGAUCAGAUUUACACGUAUAUCGGAGAAAUGUUAAUUUUUGUUAAUCCAUAUAAAAUGAAUGAAAUUUAUGAUGAUGAGAUUUAUCACAAGAAAUACCAGGAAAAAGCAUUUAUCGAUAAUUCUCCUCAUCUCUACGCAAUGGCAGAUCAAACGUAUCAAGAUUUGCUGCACCAUAAAAAAUUACAGACCAUUCUUUUGAUGGGAGAAUCGGAAAGUGGAAAAUCAACAGCAGCUGAACAACUCUUUAAUCAUCUUAUUUAUUUAGGCUCUAACACAAAAAGUGGUAUAAAUGAUAAAUUGCUUCAAAUCUUCCCAAUAAUGAAAGCAUUUGGAUGCUGUACAACACCUUCGAACGAUUCGUAUAGAUUCUCUUUACAUUUAGAAAUGACGUUUAGCAAUAUGGGAAAAGUAACGUCAGCCAUUUUGUCUCCUUACCUUUUGGAAACUGAAAUCGUUGUCUGUUGUAAGAGGAAUUAUAGCAAUUAUCAUAUAUUUUAUUACGUAUACGAAGGCUUAAAACACGAAGGAAAGUUACAACAAUACGGCUUAAGCGAAGAUGCCGUAAAACACAGAUAUUUAAAUACAUCAUUUCCAGUAAAUUCUUUGCAAAUGUAUGAAAAAUUGAAGGAAAGUCUUAAAAUAUUAACAUUCACGGACGAGGAUAUCCUGAUGAUUGUUGAUUGUAUAGCAGCCAUUAUUCUGAUAGGAGAUAUAGAAUUUAUGCAAGUUGGAAAUGUAAUUAAAGUUAGCAAUAAACCGAUUUUAGAAAAUAUUGCCGAUUUUCUUGGCAUUAAAGCCUAUCAUUUGAGAAGAAUAGUUACGUGUCAGGAUGUCAGUGGAAAUUUAAAUUCUACUAUAGAAAUGUCUGAGCGUUGUAGAGACUCUUUGGCUAAAUUAAUUUACUCUAGACUAUUUGACUGGGUUAUUAAUGAGAUUAAUAAGAAAUUAUCGUUUUGUAGAAUGAUAUAUGGAGACGUUUAUUCUAUUGCCAUUAUAGACUUUUUUGGACUGGAAAAUCAAGAUUCGAACGAGUCUCAGCAAUUGUGGCACAAUUUAUGUUUCGAACAAGUUAAUUAUUUUUAUAAGAAAUAUACUUUUACCUGGGAACAGGAAGAAUGUAAAGAAGAAGAAGUCACUUUGCCAUAUAUUCAAGUAAACGAUGGUAGAGAAGUUUUAGAUACUUUUCUAUCACGAACCGAUGGAUUAUUACAAGCUUUGCAUAUUGCGUGCCGUCACGGAAGUACCUGUAAAGAUCGCUUGAUUGAUAUCCUUAGUUCGGUUCAGAAAGAACACAUGCGGAUCGAAGAUGACUAUAAAAUUCUCGUUAAUCAUACAAAUGAAAAAAUUACUUACGAUUUGAAAGAAUUAAUUAAAUGUUCGAAAUGCCUAUCUGAAGAAGUUAUCAGUACUUUAGCAUCGUCUAGAAUGACGUUAAUUAAGAACAUGUUUUCGUCUCCUUUGACUAAAACAGGUCAGUUAAAAGAUGCGAUGUUAGACGAACAGAAACGGCUCGCUGGAAAAAAAUGCAGAACGGGUUUAAUGUCUAUUGGUUGUAUCAGCCAAGAAAAACUAGCUUUAGCAUCAUCAGUAUUAAUUGUGCGCCAGAAUUUAUCGGUCAUGAUGAAACAUUUAGUAGAAGGCGAUCCUCAUUUUAUUUUCUGCCUACGUUCAAAUAAAAAUGGUGCAGAAAAUUGCUUCGAAGAAACGAAAGUUUCGAAACAAUUAGACAUGUUCAACAUUAACGAUUUAGGUCGUCUAAGAAUGAGAGGUUUCUCUCAUAGAAUAUCUUUCGAAGACUUUUUAAAAAGAUAUCAAUACCUAGCCUUCGAUUUUAACGAAACUGUCGAUGUAACUGCAAAUAAUUGCAAACUGUGCCUUCUCCGUCUCAAGCUGGACGGAUGGCAUAUUGGCAAGUCGAAGGUUUUCUUAAAAUAUUAUCACGUUCAAUAUUUAUCCCGGCUCUAUGAGAACGAAAUACGUAAAAUUAUCAAAGUGCAAGCAGCAAUGAGAAGAUUUCUGACUGUCUGUAAACAUCAUCUAAGAAUGGAGAAAAAAUCUUAUAUCGAAAAGAAGGAGGAAUGUGAUCGGAAUGAAACCAAAGAAGAAAAUAAUGAAGACGAGAAAAAUGAAACACAAAUCAAAGAUGAAAAAGAAGAAACUGUCGAAAAAGUCAAAGAAGAUGCAGUUGAUCAUAAAGCAGCUCGAAUUAUUCAAUAUUACUACAAAAGAUGGAGAUUAAAAUCUAUUUUUCAAGUUCUUCAAAAUUAUAGAAUGGCUAAAGCAACGUACUUGGUGCAAUUUUGCCAGCAGGUAACCUGUUACAUUACAAAUAAUCGUCUGUAUUAA